GGGCGGGGUCCUCGCGGCCCGGUGAGGUCACUCUUUGUGGCGGCGGCUCCAAGAUGGCGCCGGUGCUGGCGGAGAAGAAGCUGCUGGGGCCGGAUGGGCCUGGCGGGGCCGAGCUGCCCGGCGAGGAGGACGAGGGGCAGAACCUCUGGUCCUCCAUCCUCAGCGAAGUCUCCACACGGUCCAGAUCUAAAUUGCCAUCGGGCAAGAAUAUUCUUGUUUUUGGUGAUGAUGGUUCAGGCAAAACCACACUCAUGGCUAAAAUACAGGGAGCAGAGCAUGGCAAGAAAGGAAGAGGACUGGAAUACUUGUAUCUGAAUAUUCAUGAUGAAGACAGAGAUGAUCACACUCGCUGCAAUGUCUGGAUCCUGGAUGGAGACUUGUACCACAAAGGGCUGCUGAAGUUCGCCGUUUCUGCUGAAUCCCUGCAAGACACCAUCGUGGUCUUUGUUGCAGAUAUGUCUAGACCUUGGACUGUUAUGGAGUCUUUACAGAAGUGGGCCAGUGUCUUGCAAGAACACAUUGAUAAGAUGAAAAUUCCUCCAGAAGAGAUGAGGCACAUGGAGCAGAAGUUUAUAAAGGAGUUUCAGGAGUAUGUAGAACCUGAAGAAGGUUACCAAGGAUCGCCACAGAGGAGAGGCCCCUCGUCUGGCCAGGAGGAUGAACACGUUUCCCUUCCCCUCGGAGACAACGUGCUGACUCACAACCUGGGCAUCCCCGUGCUCGUGGUGUGCACUAAAUGUGAUGCAGUUAGUGUCCUGGAGAAGGAGCAUGACUACAGGGAAGAACACUUUGACUUCAUUCAGUCACACAUCCGCAGAUUCUGCUUACAGUAUGGGGCUGCCUUGAUUUAUACAUCAGUAAAGGAGGAGAAGAACCUUGACCUGUUGUAUAAGUACAUUGUACAUAAAACCUACGGUUUCCAGUUUACCACGCCUGCCUUAGUGGUAGAGAAGGAUGCAGUUUUUAUACCUGCUGGUUGGGACAAUGAGAAGAAAAUUGCCAUUUUACAUGAAAACUUCACAACAGUAAAACCAGAAGAUGCAUAUGAGGACUUCAUUGUAAAACCUCCUGUAAGAAAGUUAGUCCAUGAUAAAGAGCUGGCAGCAGAAGAUGAGCAAGUAUUUCUUAUGAAGCAGCAGUCAUUCCUUGCCAAACAGCCAGCAACGCCUACAAGAGCAUCAGAAUCUCCUGCAAGAGGCCCUGCAGGAUCCCCAAGGACUCAAGGCAGAGCUGGUCCCGCCAAUGUACCCAGUGCCUCACCAAUCACAUCAGUUAAGAAACCAGAUCCAAAUAUUAAAAAUAAUGCUGCAAGUGAAGGUGUCUUGGCUAGUUUCUUUAACAGUCUCUUGAGCAAAAAGACUGGCUCUCCUGGAAGUCCUGGUGCUGGAGGAGUGCAAAGCACAGCCAAGAAAUCAGGACAAAAGACAGUUUUGGCAAAUGCUCAGGAGGAGCUGGACAGGAUCACUCGAAAGCCUGACCCCAUGGUAACAACAAACUCUCCUCCAACAGAGAAUGAGGCUUGAUGGGCAGAACAAUGCAGAUGUAAAUGACCAAAUAACUAUGUAUAGUGAUCUGAUAAGACCAGGAAUUUUCUGCUAUGGCAGAUGCUAUCAGUUUUCUCGGGGCAGGGGAAAUGAGCUUACUACAUCAUUGCCUUGUCCCAGUAAAAAGUGCGCAUUCAGGAAGUUUGCAUAUAAAAUCCCUCUGUAUAAGAUAACCAUUUAGAGUUUAUAUAGGGCAAUUCCUUUGGUUUGGAGGCAAAGCAGGUGCAGCUGCAUUUCCUGUUGUGAAGAACACAGAGAAGCAAAAUGGAGAAUUCUCAAAAGUACUACUGACUGCACACGAGGCAAGGAAGAGAACUGAAACCCUCUUUCAGAGUUUCUGGAACUGGCUACUUGUAUGUUUGCAAUGCAUUAUAUUCUUGGAGUGGUGGUGGUGGAACAGCAUUAACUGGGGGAAAGAAGCCAAGGUGGGGAAUGGAGCCCUAAAAGGGGAAACGGAUUUGGGACAGCGAGAAACCAGAAUGUUGGAUUGACUGGAGAGGAGCAAUGUUGUCAAAUCCUGUGUUUCACAGGGGGUAAAUAGUCACUGUUUUAAAAAGACUACUUUACAUUGGAGAAUUCCAUGCCAAACACUAAGAACCAUGGGAAUUUAUUCUUGUUAUAAAUCUUGUUUUAGUUUAUAAUGAAGUCUUAAGAGUGUGGAUGCCCUUUCUGGUGUAGCUGACAAAGGGAGAAACUAAACUUUAGCUCCAAGUGCCUGGCACAGUAUGUGAUGUGUCUUUAGAAGGUGCUUGAACUUAUUGUGCACUGUAGUACAAACAGUCACUGUUUGGUUUUAUUUGAAAAACAGUAGUUUGGCAAUUUGUAUUUAAUUUUAAAUCCUGUUUUCUGAUAGCUUCUGCCUUUUUUAUGCCAAGAGGCUGGCCUAUGAAGAAUGGUGGGUGAUGGAUCAUUUUCCCAUAAUGAAAUGUGCUACAGAACACUCUCAGUAUUUUUCUUUCUUACUUUUUUGUAACUAAGUAUUAGCUACCAAGCUAAAAUGGAUUCCUGCCUUACACCUAUGGAGGUUUUUAAAAAAAACUUUCAAGGCCCUAGUUCCAACCACAUCUGCUGCAGGUGCAGCCAACUCCAAUUCUGAAGGUAACCUAAAAAGUAUGAAUGUGUACACGAUGGACAUCCUGAAGAAGUUGUUUUGUGUUUUCUUUCAUGUAGCAUUUCAUUUGGAAAGAUGGGUUGUGGUUGUCCCCCUUGCUCUAAGGGAGCCCUGUCCAUGGUCACAUAAACCCUCAUUCUGUACAAACAAACACAGCUGCAGUGGUUACUGAAAUGGCACUUUGAUUUUAUACACAGUAUGCUUGUUUUACAUGGACACACUACCAGAAAUUAAAAAGACCAAGCAUAUUCUGUGCUCUUAAUGCUGAAGGGAAAAACCACAAUUUGAAUUAUACAGAGUUUACUUUUUAUUGAUAUGAACUUGUUGUACUAAAUCUGAUGUCUGAAUAUAACUUCCCUAAUAUAUAUUGUUACUUUAAGAUACAGAAUUAGACUGACCACUAACACAGUGCUGGGUGUUAACCUCAACUCCUAUGUUACAGCAAGAGGCUGUUCGUAUGAGUCUGUCUAGACAUCUAGAAAGCUAAGGGUAUUUACUUGCCUCUUUGACAAACAUUAUCAUGAGUAUGUUACUUGUGCCAGUUUUUUGUGGUUUUUUUUUUUUUUUUUGGUUGAAAAUACUUUAUUUUUGGGUUUGGGUGGUUUUUUUUUUGGUUUUUUUGUUGGUUUUUUUUUUUGUGUUAUUGGGUUUUUUUUUGUUUGUUUGUUUUGGGUUUCUUUUUGUUUUGUUUUGUUUUGUUUUUUUACUUUUUUAAGAAAUGGUAUGACCUGAAGUUAUACAGUUGUCUAGAUAACAGUUAGACUAAGACUGUGGCUUGCUGAUGGUGAUGUGGAUGCACUUUCUGGUGUAAUGGGUGCCAGUUGCAAGUGACCACACCAGAAGUAAUUACACACUGUCCUACUGACACUGAGAAGUGAGAUUGGAGACUAAACCAUCAAAAAUUGGACAAGAAAACUAAAGUGUGUGAUUGUAAUGGCAUAGUUUGAAAACCUCAGUCUGAAACUGCCUUUUUUUGUCAUCUAACCUGAUAAGCACUUUUCUAGCAAUAUGGCUAAAACUUACGAUGGAAGUAUUUUCCAUAAGUAUAAAAAUGUUAAGUAUACUAAAACUGAUCAAAACUGUUACUGUGUUAUAACUUACCAGCUUUGAAGAAAGACAAAACAGGGACAGAUUUCCAGUUUCUAAUUGCAAGUGAAUGCUCCUAGUUUACUGAAGAGAGCUGUAAGUAAUGUAGCAUCCUGUGGGUGCCAAAGUCUGCUGGCUUUGGUGAGCUGCACAGUUGUUAUUCUGGUGUCUUCAAGCAUUGGAACCAAAGGCCAAAUGCAAACAGCCUUUACAUUUUCAAGUGAAACUUCAUUUUAUUUGCAGAUACACUUGUAUGGUAGACUGUUUAAACUAUUAUAUGCCUAUAUUUAUAUGCAUCAUAGUGACUGCAUCUACUGUUCAUGUUUAAACUAAGAAAACAAAAAACGAAAGCAUUCAACUUGAAGCAAAUAGAAAACUUUAAAGAUUGGCCCUCCAUAAAAAUGCUGUGGUUAUGCUGCUUGAUUUUAAGUUUGCACUUUUUUUAUUGGCAUUAAAAAAAACAAAACUGUUUAAACUGAACAGAAUUUCGUAUUUUAUUUAAUUUAACUAUGUUGAAAGUGACUGCUCUGUACAUCGUGAACUUAACAAUAUACCUGCUGUAAAUGAAAGUUCACUGUCCUGUAUACUAAGUUUAUAAGUUUUUUUUUCCGACUUACAAUUAGGACUGCAAAUGUAUGAAACAAACCUUAGUCCACUUGUAUGGCUUUAACCAGGUGCAGUAUGCAGUCAUGUGGAACCUUGCUUUCUAGUGCUGGCAAAAUGAGGACGUCUUUAAUUACUGGCUUCAAUAAACAUGAAUCCAGA